GCGAAUUAAUUAAAUUUGAUAAUCAAUGGCGGAUGCUAGCAAAAAGAGGGAUAUUGGAUGGAAUUAUGGCACUCAAGGAGCGACGAAAGAUUCGGUCACUUGUAACUUUUGUGGGAGUACUUUCAAUGGUGGAAUAACGCGACACAAACAACAUUUAGUGGGUGGUUUCAAAAAUGUUAAACAAUGUGCCGCUUGUCCGUCGGAAAUUAGAGAAGAAAUAAGGGCUUAUAUGCAAAACAAAAUAGCUAAUAAUCCCAAAUUUCAAAUGAGGCAACCGGAAGAAUUUGUUGAUAUUGAUGAUCUUGAUGAAAUGGAUGAUUAUGCGGAAAUGAGGCCUCCCUCCAAAACUCAAAAGAUAUCUUCUAGUGGAGGUUCAUCCACCGCACGGAGUGUGACGAAAGGACCUUUGAACCUCUAUUUUUCACAAAAAUCAACACAAAAAGGAGGCUUAGAAAAAGGAGGAGGAAUCGAAGAAACAAAGAAAAUUCUAAGAGAGCGUGCGGUAAGUGCUUUUGCAAUUUGGAUGUAUGAUGCCGGGCUCCCUUUUAAUUGCGUCAAUCACAAAUCAUUCGAUAAAUUUAUUGAGGCGGUUGGACAACAUGGCCCCGGAAUGAAGCCUCCUACAUUCCAUGAAGUUAGAGUCACUCACCUUAAAAAAGAGGUGGAUAAAGUAGAAAAAAUUGUUGAGGAGCAUAAAGUGCAAUGGACAAAGUUUGGUUGUUCCAUUAUGAUGGACAAAUGGACGGCACGAAAUGGCAAAAUGAUCAUCAAUAUUUUGGUGAAUUCUCCAAUCGGUAGUGUAUUUCUUGGUUCGGUUGAUGCUAGCAAUGAAUCUACCGAUUCCACCAAAAUGUACAAGUUAUUUGAAAGCACUAUCGAAAGAAUUGGACCGGAAAAAGUGGUACAAAUUGUCACCGAUAAUGCUAGUGAGAAUGUCAAAGCGGGAAGUAUGAUAAUGGGUGCGUAUCCACACAUUUAUUGGACUCCAUGUGCCGCUCAUUGCAUCAACUUGAUAUUUGGUGACAUAUUCAAGGUUAAGCCAUAUGCUUCCGUUUUUAAGAAGGCCAUCAGAAUCCAUUCUUACAUUAGUCAAAGGCCAUUGUUGUUAAACUUGAUGAGAAAAUUCACCAAAGAAAGAAAUUUGGUGAAACCGGCCAAGACAAGAUUUGCAACGGCAUUCUUAACUUUGAGAGCUAUGUACAUUCAAAGAAAAAACUUGAAAACUUUAGUCCUCUCAACCGAAUGGAAUUCAAGCAAAUUUGCAAAGGAAACUUCGGGGAAAGAAGUUGCCAAUCUUCUUAUUUCUAUCCACUUUUGGAAUGAUGUUGUUCGGGCACUUACAGUUUGUAGCCCUUUGACAAAAGUGCUUCGUUUGGUGGAUGGGGAGAAAAAACCACCAAUGGGUUAUAUUUAUGAGGCAAUGGAUAGAGCCAAAGAAGCUAUUGCACAUGGUUUUCGUGGAGUUCAGAAGCAUUAUGAGAAAGUGUUUCAAAUUAUUGAUGCAAGGUGGUCAGAACAACUCCAUCGGCCUUUGCAUGCUGCAGGCCAUGUUUUGAACCCAGGAUUAUAUUAUAAAGCUGAAGAAGAGGGAACUUUAUUACAGAGUUUGUGGACCGAGUAUUAUGCAUGUGUUGAGAAGUUGGUCCGUGAUACAACAAUACAAGAUGCACUAAUCGCUGAGCUUCCUAAGUACAAAAUGGCGGAUGGACUAUUUGGUUGUGGUCCGGCUAAAAGAGCUAGAGACACAAGGUCACCGGUUGAAUGGUGGUCACUAUUUGGUAGUGAAACACCAAACUUGCAAAAGUUUGCCAUGAAAGUGUUAAGCCUAACUUGUAGCUCAUCUGGAUGUGAGCGAAAUUGGAGUGUGUUUGAACACGUAUUAUGGAACCCUUUUGAGGAUAUUGUGCCAAGAGCAAAGCCUGCAGAAGCUUUGCCUUCUGGAGUUGCAACUGAGAAGAAAGAUGCAAAACAGAAAGCUACCAAAAAGUUGAACUUGCUUUCAUUUGGAGAAGAAGCAGAAGAGGAGGAGAAAGAGCUUGUAGCUGUGAGUUCAAGGAUAAGAAGCAGUCACGAUGUCUUGGAUGAUCCACGUCUGCUGAAGGAUGGAAAACAUGAUCAAGCUUUGGACUCAUCUGAAGGAAAAUCAACAAGGGAUGUGCAGUUGACCAUCAGAGAAGCUUUGGGAUCAAAGAAGGAAGCGUCUCGUAAAGAAUCUGAAGCAGGUUUUCAAGAAUCCCUUAACAGUGAUGAAGAUGAGGCUGGCUUUGAUGCACGAAUGCGUCAGCAGAUACUAAAAAGGAGGAAAGAACUUGGCGAUCCGACACCCAAACAGAAGUUGCUCAGUGAGAACAGGAAUGCAAGAAAUCGUUCACCAUCUCCUUCAAGGUGCAGCAGGUCUGAUGCUAAACAUGAUGAUGACCAGCCAAAAGUGGAUAAGUUGUCUCUAAAGAGAAAAGGUAUAGGCUCUGAAGCAAGAGCUGAACGUAUGGCCAAUGCAAAUACAGACUUACAGUUGUUGUCUGGCCCUGAACGAGAAAGACAGCUGCUAAAGCAAAAGAAACGAGGACGAAAAGGACACGAAGAAGACAUGCUAGCAAAAUUGGAGAAAUUUAAGGCUGGACUGUCUGCUAAAGCCAAUGAAUCUGCUAAUGCGGUCAAGGAGGAAGAAUUAUCUGAUUGGGCAGCAGUUACAUUAAAAUUCACUCCUGAACCUGGAAAGGACAAAAUGUCUCGUAGUGAGGACCCCAAUGAUUACGUGGUACACGAUCCUUUGUUGGAGAAAGGGAAAGAGAAGUUCAAUAAAAUGAUGGCAAAGCAAAAGCGACGAGAAAGAGAAUGGGCUGGCAAAUCUCUUACUUGAGCUGAUCUUCCCGCUGAAGAAACGACGGAAUCGCUACUGUGAAGUUAUUUGGCAUUCAUUUUGGAGGCAAUGAUAUUGGUUCCUCUCUUUGUGAACAAAGAGUUUUGUACUGGGCCAAACUAGUUUGCUGAAACUAAUGGCAUUUUGAUUAUCAAUAUCUACUUCCCAUAGAAGUUACGGAAGUGCCAAAUCAAAAUGUUCUCUGGUGUUGUUACUUUGCCUGUCCUGUGAUAUUUUUCUUUUUUAAAAUGGACAGGAAAUGUUGUAGCAUGGUUUCAAUGGAAUGUGGAAAUGAGUACUUAACAAUGUAAAUAUUUAUUUUUCCCAUUAAAAGAGGUCCAAGUCUUCUCAUAUGGACUAC